GGCGCCGCGGCCGUAAAGCGGCGCCGCGAGACCACGUGGGCUCCGAGGCGACCCGCGGCGCCGGGGAGGGUGUGGGCCCUCCGAUGGCGGGUCCCGUGCAGGCCGGCGGGGCAAGAACCCUGGACCUGCUCCGGGCCUUGCCCCGUGUGAGCUUGGCCAACCUAAAACCGAAUCCAGGCUCCAGGAAACCGGAAAGACGGCGAAGAGGUCGGAGAAGAGGUAGAAAAUGUGGCCGAGGCCAUAAAGGAGAGCGGCAGAGAGGAACCCGGCCCAGACUGGGUUUUGAGGGAGGCCAAACCCCAUUUUACAUUCGAAUCCCAAAAUACGGGUUUAAUGAAGGUCAUAGCUUCAGACGCCAGUAUCAGCCUUUGAGUCUCAAUAGAUUGCAAUAUCUUAUUGAUUUGGGUCGCGUGGAUCCUACUCAACCUAUUGACCUAACUCAACUUGUCAAUGGGAGAGGUGUGACCAUCCAGCCACUUAAAAGGGAUUAUGGUGUCCAGCUGGUAGAGGAGGGUGCUGACACCUUUAAGGCGAAAGUUAAUAUUGAAGUACAGUUGGCUUCAGAAUUAGCCAUUGCUGCAAUUGAAAAAAAUGGUGGUGUUGUUACUACAGCUUUCUAUGAUCCAAGAAGUCUAGAAAUUCUGUGCAAACCUGUUCCAUUCUUUCUGCGUGGACAACCUAUUCCAAAACGAAUGCUUCCUCCUGAAGCACUGGUACCGUAUUAUACCGAUGCAAAGAAUCGUGGUUACCUGGCGGAUCCUGCCAAAUUUCCUGAAGCAAGACUUGAACUUGCCAAGAAGUAUGGCUAUAUUUUACCUGAUAUCACUAAAGACGAGCUCUUCAAAAUGCUUAGUACUCGAAAGGAUCCAAGGCAGAUUUUCUUUGGUCUUGCCCCUGGAUGGGUGGUGAAUAUGACAGAUAAGAAAAUCCUAAAACCUACAGAUGAGAAUCUCCUCAAGUAUUAUAGCUCAUGAAUUCUCUUUCAAGAAAGCAGAGUUGUAAGAGAGUUCUGGAAGAAAAGGGACUGAAACAUACAUAUUUCUCAUGGUCUCAUCUUGAUUUGUGAUUCUCUAGGUAUUGAUGAUAAUUUCCCAUGUAACCCUAUUUCCAUUUUUAUCUAAAAUUGAAAUAAAAAAUGCAAUAAGCAAUGGCUGCAUAGAAGAACUGAA